UCAGUGUGUUCAGUAUGUUCGGAAUGAGGAUCUUAUCUCUAGUCGAAGUGUUUUGUAGUGUAGCCGAAAAACCCGGCGUGUGCGGAUACUCACGUGACUGGCGAGAAUUGUUGGACGGAACAUCAACUCAACUCCAUCUCAGCACGACCACCGGCCAUUUGCUCCCCUCUCCGACCGACGUUCGCACCGUCUCGCAUCCACUACCCUCCCUCCUCCACUCCCUCGAGGUUCUUCUUAGAUAUCUGUCACAAUGAUGCCCACUCGGUUCGCCCGCGCCGGCCUCCGUGCCACCCAGCAGUUCUCCGUUCCUCGCACUGCCGCUGUCAACGGCCUGAGGGCCUACGCUACCCCGGCCCAGGAGGUCAAGCCUCCUGUGUCUCUGUACGGUGUUGAUGGUACCUACGCUACUGCUCUGUUCACUGCCUCCGCCAAGUCCGCCAACCUUGAGCAGACCUCCAAGGCCCUCUCCGUUCUCGGCGAGACCCUCAAGGCCGACCGCAAGUUGACCGGUCUCAUCUCCGCUCCCACCCUGACUGCUUCCGACAAGUCCCAGAUCGUCCAGGAGCUUCAGAAGCUUACCGGCGACAAGGGCGACAUUGUCAAGAACUUCCUCGAGACCCUCGCCGAGAACAACCGUCUGGGUCUGUUGGAGGGUGUCUGCGAGAAGUUUGCGACUCUGAUGGGUGCUCACCGUGGUGAGAUCGACCUCAACAUCACCAGCGCUCAGGAGCUUGACAAGAAGAGCAUCAACCGUAUCGAGAAGGCCGUCUCCGGCUCCCAGUUCAGCCAGGGCAAGAAGCUCAAGGUUGUCACCAAGGUCAACCCUGACCUCGUUGGUGGACUUGUUGUCGAGAUCGGUGACCGCACCAUCGACCUCAGCGUCUCCUCCAAGAUCGCCAAGCUCAACAAGGCCCUCACCGAUGCCCUGUAAAUUAGAUAUACCUCUGAUUCCGACCCAUGUACCGUACUACUACCAUGACCAGUAGUGAAUAUUGUUUCCUUUUCUUUUUGGACCUGAGGCAUUUCGCAUGACUCGAUCUGAGUGAUAGACAGAAUUGAGUUAUUCCCUUCAUCCUUGCCAAUGUAUGGAGAGUAGCAUUUGCCGAUAACAUGACAUGACAUGCACAUAUUUAUUAA